CUGGAAAAGACAACUCUCUUUGAAUUCCAGGUGGUUAGUUUGCUGAACGACCUCUACACAAUCUUUGAUGGUAUAAUCGAUGCACAUGAUGUUUACAAGGCAACUUCUUUCAGAGGGAUCAGCGACGUUAUGAAACCCAGCAAAGGUAGCCGUCACCUAUCGUCCAUAACGUCUGAUCCCUUUGAAUCAAUCAUACACCAGCCACUGAGCAUGUUUUUUGUUAUAGGGAAUCGAGUGUUUCCCCUCAUCUCUCAUCUUGCACCCAUUGUUCAGGUAGAAACGAUAGGCGAUGGCUACCUUUGCGUCAGUGGACUCCCUCACAGGAACGGUCAACAACAUAUAACAGAAAUAUGCAGUAUGUCACUUGGAUUCAUAGAGAGCCUCAGAAGCUUCAGAAUACCUCAUCUGCCUCAACAAGGAGUUAAUCUGAGAAUUGGAAUGCAUACAGGUUCUGUAGUAACAGGAGUGGUAGGGUUGACCAUGCCUCGAUACUGCCUCUUUGGUGAUACUGUGAAUACGGCGAGUAGAAUGGAAAGCAACGGGAAACGUUAG